UGCUGUCUCUUCCAGCAUCAUCAGUCUCCUCCUCCAUCAUUUUCUUGUAAGAAUUAACGUUCAGAAAACUGGAUUGACUUGUCACCUCUCUGCUUAAAUCUAACUUCUGACUCCAGUAUGUCCGACAAGAGUGAACUGAAGGCAGAGCUGGAAAGGAAGAAGCAACGGAUUGCCCAGAUUCGAGAGGAGAAGAAGAGAAAAGAAGAAGAGAAAAAAAAGAAGGAUGGAGACAUAAAGCGUGGGCCUGAGGCAGGGUCCUCACUUGGUCAUGAAGACUCUGAUCUGGAGAGAAAAAGGAGGGAGGCAGAGGCCUUGCUGCAGAGUGUUGGCAUCACCCCUGAUAUCCCCCAUGCUCAGCCCCUGAGGGUAGUAACAGAAGAUACGUGUCUGUUUCACUACCUAGUCCCCGCCCCUAUGUCUCCCUCCAACAAAUCAGUGGGAAGUGAUGCAGGAAGCCAAGACUCUGCGGAUGGAAACGCAGGACCAAGGACAUUGCAUUGGGAUCCUGACCCCUCUACUCUGCAACUCCACUCCGACUCUGAGCUGAUGGGACGUGGAUCUGUGAGACUCGGCAUGUCCAAACUGACCCAGGUGGACUUUAUUCCCAAGGAAAUGGUGUCAUAUUCCAAAGAGACACAAACGCCUACAGAGGCGCAGUCACACACUGAUCAAAAAGAAGAAGAAGAUGAUGAGGAGAUAACCGCUCUCCCACUAACAGAGGACAACCAGGAGACUAAAGAUGAACAGGGUGAACAGCAGGAAGAAGACACUCCCAAAGAGCUGACAGAAGAAGAGAAGCUGCAGGUUCUGCACUCCGAUGAGUUCUUGUCAUUUUUCGAGCACAGCAGCCGAAUCGUGGAGAGAGCUCUGUCUGAGCAGGUGGAUGUCUGCUUUGAUUACAGCGGGAGAGAUCUAGAAGAUAAAGAGGGCGACUUGCAGGCUGGUGCAAAGUUGGUUCUGAACAGAAAGUUUGGAGAUGAGCGCUGGACUAAAAACAGAGUGGUCACCUGUCUCGACUGGUCUCCUCAGUAUCCAGAGCUGCUGGUAGCCUCAUACAACAACAACGAGGAUGCUCCACACGAGCCCGAUGGUGUGGCGCUGGUCUGGAACAUGAAGUACAAGAAGGCCACACCUGAGUACAUCUUCCAUUGCCAGUCUGAGGUGAUGUCGGCUGGGUUUGCCAAGUUUCACCCCAACCUGGUGGUGGGUGGGACAUACUCCGGACAGAUAGUUUUAUGGGACAACAGAAGCAACAAGCGCACCCCUGUUCAGAGGACUCCCCUGUCUGCAGCUGCACACACACACCCUGUCUACUGCGUGAAUGUGGUAGGAACUCAAAACGCCAACAACCUGAUCAGUAUUUCCACCGAUGGCAAGAUGUGUUCUUGGAGCCUUGACAUGCUCUCCCAGCCACAGGACAGUCUGGAGCUGGUAUUCAAACAGAGCAAGGCAGUGGCUGUGACAUCCAUGGCAUUUCCACUUGGAGACGUGAACAAUUUUGUGGUGGGGAGCGAGGACGGCUCUGUCUACACCGCCUGUCGCCACGGCAGUAAGGCUGGGAUCACUGAGGUGUUUGAAGGCCACCAUGGACCUGUGACCGGACUGAGCUGUCACAGUGCCGGAGGACCUGUUGAUUUCUCUCACCUCUUUAUCUCCUCGUCUUUUGACUGGACUGUCAAACUAUGGAGCACAAAGAGCACCCGUCCAUUGUACUCCUUUGAGGACAGCUGUGACUAUGUCUGUGAUGCCAUGUGGUCACCAACACACCCUGCUCUGUUUGCUUGUGUGGACCUAUCUGGGCGCCUGGACCUAUGGAACCUCAACAAUGAUACUGAAGUUCCCACUGCUAGUGUGUCUGUGGACGGGUCUCCAGCACUGAAUGGUGUGAGAUGGUCUUACUCUGGAAAGGAAAUUGCCACUGGCGACUCAGAGGGGCAUGUUCAGGUCUACGAUGUUGGAGAGCAAAUCUGCGUGCCCAAGGCAGAUGAGUGGACGCGCUUUGUCAGGACUCUGGCUGAGAUCAAUGAGAACCGAGAUGAAGCUGAAGAACUGGCCAAUGUCUGAUGCUACAACCUCCCACUUACUGCUCCUAAACCCCUCUCCUGUACACGUCACACCUAUAGCACAUUACAUGAUACGACCACAGGAGCUGCAGUCUCCUGUCUGGCUUCCAGCUUUUUUUCUCUCCUCCUACAACUUGGCCUGAGGAGAUGUGCAGAGCUAGAAUGUACUGAAAUGACAGCUUUAGACAAACUUUAGAUGUUCAUUAAAAUGUGUCUGAGCUUUAGAGUACAUUUGUAGUAACAGUAAAUGUCAUGUACUAGUUGUAGUACAGAAAUCAGAGUAAGAUGAUGGAAGGAUGUCUUUAGAGGGAUACAUGAAAGUGAUGAGAUGACGCUGUCCAGUCUGAAACCUCUAGCUUUGACAUCCUCGGGGCUCCAGAAACUGCUCUUCUCCUGAGGCCCAAACCAGCUCAGCCCUUUUUUAAAUAUGCAAACCUUUGUACUCGCACCUUUUUAUUACCAUUUGAGUGUUUUUAUGUUGUAAUAUUUUCUAGAAUUUGUAACAGAGAGCUUUCCCUCUCUGUUACAAAUUCUUGUAACAGAGGGAAAGCUGACCAUCAUAUCUUCUACAUCCUCAGCUUAUAUGUAUAGAUGCACUCUGGCCUGUUCAGAAGUGUCAUUUUAACCACUACAAUAUUUAAUAUUUAUUACAGUGGUUGCACUUAUUUAAAUACUUUGUGUAUCAUUUUUAAAAAAAUACUUCUUUGUACUGAAAACUUAAAUAGUACAAUCCUGAAGUCAGCACUACAAGCUUUGACAGGUGCAAUUCAUUAGUUUAUUUGGCUUGAAUUUGACUUAAUGUUUAAAAAGUGUUUUGCUUUCUGUAACAAAAGUUAAUGUUUCAUACUCUGUACCUUUGUAAUGAGGAGCAGAAACAGUUUGUGACUUGUUCUUCUUAAGAGGAUUUUACUAUAUUAAUCUUUUAAUGGGGGACCACUGAGGUUAGAAACUUCUCACCACAGAAAUAAACUGAUUUCACUUCU